CUCUGGACUCGUAUAUACAUAUAUAUAUACUCAUCAUCACAAGGCUCUUAUUCUUUUCUAUCAAUCUAUUGUUACACCAAUGGCCAUGCGAAAGAUUUAUGCAUCUCUCCCUGCUGUAGCUGCCGGAGUUGGAUUCUUCUUCUAUAAUGCAAAGGACCAUGCAAGAAGAAUUUCAGCAUCUAAUCAAGAAACAAUAUCUACAACAAGAGUGGUGGAAGAACAAACCAAGGCCAUUAGAAAACCAAGUGUGGCACCACAGUUUGAUGGUUUGCGUUGUUUUGAAACAUUUGUUAUGAACAAGAAACUUGCAAGAGGGAUUUCAGCAUCUAAUCAAGAAACAAUAUCUACUACAAGAGUAGUGGAAGAACAAACCAAGGCCAGUAGGAAACCAAGUGUGGCACCACAGUUUGAUGGUUUGCAUUGUUUUGAAACAUUUGUUAUGAAUUAAAUCCUCUGAAAGAUGUAC